CGGGAAUCUCUGACCCAUGGCCGUUUGAAGUGGAUAAAAGGAAUGGGAUGGUAUUGAGGGCUUCCAACUCAUACCUCCGGAUCUCACAGCAUUCCAGUGUAAACAGUGGAAGAAGCAGAAGAAGCGCACUGCCUCACAAAUCAACCCAUUAGGUAGCCUCUUCCCCAUCCGUGCAGGAAUCCACAAUUUCCACAUCGGCCUCACCAACCUCCCGAGAACAUGGAGCCCCAUAGUGGAAAGAAAUCAUCCUGGAUCUCGAGCGACUCACAAAGAAAAUUCUGAGGAGGAGAAAUACGGUAUCUCACAACUUAACUUAUCCAUUUGCCCAACUGGAUUGGUGGUGAUUUCCAGAAUUGAUUUCACUACCGAAUGAUACAACGAGGAUCAAGAAUCAGAAUUAUUAACCCAUCUACUAAUCACCGCCGCAUCUACCUUUUGCUCCCAUAAUAAAAAAGGCCGCCCUGAUUCAAAGUCGCCAAAAUAGCAAAAUAGCAACAGAGAAAGGAACGACCAGGAACUACAGUCCAAUACACAAACCACAGACCCAGAACUUCGGUUCCAUCAUCUGACAGCAUCGAGGGAGAGAGAGACCUAUAAUCAGAUCUUGGUAAUGGACGCGAAAUAUUUGGCACUGAUAAUAUUCUGUUAUAUUUUGGGAAGAAUUCAAGGAUGUCUGAUUGGCAAGUGUUUUUCAAAAAGCCCUGCACGAGUAUUCGUUACUGAAGGGCAGCAUGUCCGUUUAGCAUGUAAUCUGUGUAAUGCAUCCACUCCACUUGAUAUGAGCAGCCUUCAAGCAUGCAGAUUUAACAUCACCUGGUACAAACAUACUUCUGAAGGUGGUCAUAAAAACAUUUUAGGAGAAGCAGACAGGAUUACCUAUGAAGAAACCUCAUUAGGAUUUUGGCCUGUCUUUGUGAAUGACACUGGGAGUUAUAGUUGUUCUGUCUUCAAUAGAACUUACAAUGUUAGUAGUGCCGUCACAUCUUUGAACGUACACAAGUAUGAACGAUUAUGCGAUGUCCACUUCUUUGAUCAUGUGGAAACUAUUGGAAAAGAACAUAAGCUGUCCUGUCCAAAUCUGGAAAUUUACAACAGCAAUGAAGAUAAUAUUAUGUGGGUGAAGAACUGCAAGGACAAAGUUCACACAGGGAAUACAUACACCAUUAGCAAAGUAGAGGAAAAGAAUGCUGGAAAUUACACAUGUGUACUCACCCUAGGAAAAGAUGGAAUGCAAUAUAAUGUUACAAGAACAAUAAGACUGAAGACCAGAGAUCAUAUUGAACCAUUUAUACCAAAAUUAAUUUAUCCUGGUAGGAGAGAACAAAUUGAUGUUGAGCUCGGAGUUGCAACAGAAAUUAAAUGCAAAGCUAUUCUUGGCUACAAAAACAAUGAACACUGCAUGCUGUAUUGGUUAUUUAAGGAGAGGGACUUUGAUGUAAAUGGAGAAGAUCCUGUCUAUGAAAGCCGUAAGAGUCCUGUCAGAGAAGGCAAUAGAACAUAUCAGAUAAACACCCUGGUGUUCAAAAGAAUUGAAGCGGAGCAUCUGAAUGAACCUUUCAUUUGUAAAUUAAAUUGUCCAGAGACUGACUUAAAUGGCACUGUCACGCUUCUGGAAAAAGGCAAACGUGACUGUAGUCUAAUAUUCCUGCUACUGUUUACAACCUUGGCUGUUAUCAUUAUUAUAGCAGUGGUCUAUGCCAGGUUCAAAAUAGACUUGGCCCUUUGCUUCAGGGACUUAAUUUCCAUGGAUGAAACUCUACAAGACAGUAAGGAGUAUGAUGCCUAUGUAUUGCUUCUUAAGAGUAAAGAGGCUCUCAUCUGCGCUGAGGUAGAAGCUUUUGCUUUGAAACUAUUACCCACAAUUCUAGAACAAAAAUUUGGCUAUCGCUUGUGCAUUUUUGAACGUGAUGUUCUUCCUGGAACAGCUUCUGUCGAUGAAAUGCUUUACUACAUCAACAAAUCCAGAACCUUGAUUAUAAUACUCUGUGCUGAAUAUAUAGCAAAUGACAGUUCUAUGUAUGGCUUGAUGACAGGUCUUCAUCAAGCCUUGGUCGAGGGGUUAAUAAAACCAAUACUCAUUGAAUAUAUUCCAAUAAGAGACAUUACAUUUUUACCACUGUCACUUCAGCUUAUUCUGAAAUCAGACAGGACAGUGAAGUGGACAAAUGAAUCUCAACCACAGAAUUCAUACUUUUGGAAAAAGAUAAGAUACCUUAUGCCAGCAAAAUACACUAAAGCAGCCAAGCGCUCAUGAGGUGAAAGAACAAUUUGCAUUUUGACACCAGAAUCUGAUGAUCAAGUGAUUAUGCAUUUACUGGUAUUGAGUCGAGAAAAUUUGUGGU